AUGCGUAUCACUCUUCAAAAUUUCGGCCACGAGUUCCAAAGCAUUGUUACCGAAUUAAUUAAUGCUGGCCAUAAUGAUAACGAAAUCAGACAAUUCCUCCAGGAAAAUCACUCGAUCAUUGUUUCCCAACGCACACUAACCCGACGCAAAGAAGACUGGGGCUUGAUCCUGCAUGCCUCUCAGCAAAUGGCCAACACUGAAGAGCACAUCAAGAAGUAUUUCGACCAAGGCUUGACCUACUCGCAAAUCCAUCAUGCACUAACUACUUCUCACAACUAUACUCACUCCAAGCGUACCCUCCAGAGGAAGAUUACGGCGAUGCAGCUCUCAAGGAGGUUGGACGACUUGGAUACCGCACGAGUGACCAUCGAGGCCGUUGUAUCAUGUGUAAUGCAUCUCCACCUGACUCCAGAGGGAAGGAAUGUUGGCUACCGACGUAUGCGACAGCUCCUCCAGACAAAGUUUGGCAUCACCCUCCACUACCUCACAGUUGCACUCAUCAAUCGUACACUGGACCCUGAUGGUGUGGAAAAUCGAGCCAAGAGGGUACUCAAGCGAAGGGUCUUCAAAACACCAGGGCCCAACUACAUAUGGUCAGCAGACGGUCACGACAAGUUGAAAAAAUUUGGAAUUACUUUAUACGGGUUCAUCGAUGCCUGGAGCCGCAAGAUCCUCGGUAUUUAUGUCCACAUCACCAACAACAAUCCCCGCCACAUCGGUUAUUACUAUCUUCAGCUGGUCAAAGAAAUAGGAGGAAUUCCUCGACGUACAUCUACUGAUAAAGGGACUGAGACAAUUCACCUGGCCAGCCAUCAGAUAAACCUCACUCAGCAAUACAAUGAAGAAUGUAUCGACCCAACUCAAUCCCAUCUCUUCACGAAAAGCACACAUAACCAGAAAAUCGAGUGCCUGUGGUCCCAGCUUAUGAAGCGGUACAACAGUGAGCUGAUCAACAAAUUGUUUACGGCUAUUGAAGAAAGUUUUUAUGACCCCCAAGACCCUCUUGAGCAACUAUUAUUUAUCUAUCUGUGGGUCCCACUUGUUCAAAGAAGCCUGGACGAUUGGAUGAAUAAUUACAACACAUACAAACGGCGCCUGGACAAAAAGAGUAGCCUGCCCACGCGCUGCAGUGCGGACUGGUGCUUCAACUACCCGGAAGAGCAAGGAGGGGAACAGGGACUGAUUAAAGUGACUGGCGAGGCUGCUGAUGCGUUAGAGAAGGAGUUUUACCCCGAAGGCGAUGAACUACUUCGAACCACACCAAAAUGGUUCUCCGACAUUAUUUCUGACCUUCAAGCUGCAUUUGAUCUAGCAAUCCCGAUUGUAACUGUUCACAAUGUUUGGGAGGUUUUUACAGUUUUAAACAAAGCCAUCCGAGCAUAUGAUACUGCUUGGCUUUCUGAUCCCUCCAAUGACCCCUCUCUUACAAUAGCUGCCCGCUCUCUAGAUACUGGGCUAAAUUAA